AGGAAUUGUUCACUUUGGAAGAAAACCCAAAUUGCAAUUUGCCAUCCAAACGCUUACAGGUAAUGUUAUAUAAAUCCAUGCAAGUUCAAGUCCCUCGUACAAAAACAUUUCUUGCCUUCUCUUAGUACGGAAAAUUUAAGGAGAGAGAAAACAAUGUGCAAAGCUAAAACGGCCCGCACUUACGAGGAUUUCAAGCCAUUGUUUGAUUGGAAAAGGGAAGAUGGAUCUGAUAUCGUCGUCAUCAACCUUCCCGGAUUCAAAAAAGAGCAAUUAAAACUCCAACUCGAUGCCUUCGGGAAGAUGAGGAUCAGUGCAGAACGUCCGCUGGAUGACAAGAAAUGGAUCCGCUCCUGCAAGGACUUUCACGUGCCAGAAUAUUGUAUCGAAAACGAUAUCCGUGCGAGAUUCGAUAAUGGAAUUCUCUACGUGACCAUGCCGAAAAAGGCCACUCAAACCAGUACACAACCCCCAGUUCCAUUAUCCGCUGGUUGUGUGCUGGUUUGA